CUUCCCCAUUUUCUAAGAGCAGUAGCUGUAAGGUCUUGUUUGCCAGUUAACCAUCAAGGUGGUCUCUGACAGUCGCACUGGGUCGCAGCACUUAGGGAUUUGUUACGUCCUACAACCCCAGUUGUGCUUACAUCUGAGAUCUACUGCGUCUCUGCCACGUGAGCUGGAUUAAGCAACAAUGGCGUUCGUGAAGAGCGGAUGGCUGCUCCGGCAAAGUACUAUUUUACGGCGCUGGAAGAAGAACUGGUUUGAUCUGUGGUCUGAUGGCCGCUUAAUAUUCUACGAUGAUCAGAACCGCCAUGAUCUGGAAGAUAAAAUCCACAUGCGCGUCCACUGCAUCAACCUCAGAGUGGGGAACGAAUGUCGAGAUUUCCAGCCUCCCGAGGGGAAGCAGAGAGACUGUUUACUGCAGAUUGUUUGCCGUGAUGGGAAGACAGUCAACCUCUGUGCAGAGAGUGCAGAUGACUGCCUGGCAUGGAAAAUUGCUCUCCAGGACGCCAGAACAAACACUGGCUACGUGGGCUCUGAUGUGAUGUAUGAUGAGACAGCCAUUUCCUCGGCCCCUCCUCCCUACACAGCUUAUGCCACACCGUCACCUGAGGUUUAUGGCUAUGGCUACGAUCAGUACAAUGGUGCGUAUCCCCCCGUGGGCCCUCAGAUCUUCUAUGCCUCCAAUGGACAAGCUUAUGCUCUUCCCUAUCAGUAUCCAUACCAAGGACCUUAUGGGCAGCCCCCUGCAAACCAGGUCAUCAUUCGAGAGCGUUACCGUGACAGUGAUGGAGAUCUUGCACUGGGCAUGCUGGCUGGAGCAGCAACUGGAAUGGCUCUGGGAUCAUUAUUUUGGGUCUUCUAAAUUACCCUGUCCUUAUCUCUGUAGUUCCAAACUCCUUUAUUGUGUGCAAUAAUAUAUUGGCAAUGUUGUUUACUGUUAAACUUUGAAAAAUGCAAUAGUUAUUUUCCAGUAGUGACAUCUUAAUAACUGAUUCUUAACUGUCUUAAUGAGAGUUUAAAGGCACCAUUUAGUGGUUGGAGAUGGCAUGUGCUGCUCUUGAAUUCUGGUCUGAUGUUCAGAAUUAUAAGGAUCAAUAUGAGCAUCAGUGUCACGUGGUAGCAGUCACCUGCUUUAUGAAUAGACUGUUAUUGGAAACACCAUAGGAAAAAUGAUUUUUGGGGGGUAGCAGUUUAAGAUCUAGUUCAAAUAAGAGGUUAGCAGGAGUCCUGCAUUAGUAUACACAUACUACUGGCUUUUAAACAUUCCCUGGAAAAACAUAAAACUCAGCAGAGAUUCCUUGGCAUUAGACAGUCUGCCAUGCUUGAGGGGUUUUUUGCUUUCAGACUUGACUGCAGAUGGUGGUGUGUUUCCUUAGGUGGAGCCCUAUACUGCCUCUCACACCUCUGAAAAUGUGUGAGCAAACCACUAAGAAGCGGCAGCACUCCUCAGUUCUUUUAUUCUCCCAGAAAUGUGAAUGAGCCGUGGCAAGGAGGAGCAGUGCUUACAGUUCUAGCUCCCUCUAUCCCAGAUGACUCUUCUCUGGUCAGAUGGAAGCACUGGAUCUUUAGCUUUGCAGGUGUCUGCAGAACAGCAGGCUCAGACACUGCCCCAGCUGCAUUGUUAGGAACCAGCCUUGCCCAGUGUCUCUGCAGAGGCUGCAGGAGCAGAGGGAACUUGAACAGCCCUUGCUGUUGGGCCUGCCAGCCCCUCUGCAGGCAGGAACAGUCAGGACAGGAGAGACAAGCACCACAAGCAGACCUUGCACACAGGCACUUUGAUAUCAGCUGCCUUGCCAGGGCUAGGACAGGAUGCCUGCCUUUUAGCCACCAAGGCUUCCUGAACCAGGUUCCUUAUUUGCAAAUAAUUUUGAGCAUGGCUGAGCCUGGGUUUGUUGUAUGCACAUUUCCCCCUCACAUUCAGCAAGUCUUUUCUUCCCUCCAUGACUUGUUGAGAAAAACACUCCAAGGAACCUGUCUGGCUUUGCUUGGGGUUUCUCUGCACAUUUGUGCUGUGGACUGUCCCCUGGAAUGCAGCUGUUUUGUGUGUUACACGACCUGUUCUAAUCCACGCUGAGCUGUGCUUGGCAGGGAAAGAACACUGAAGAAAAGCAUGGGCUUUCUUGUUCAGGCAAAUGAGGCAGGGUGCCUAAGUUGAGUUCUUAGAGUAAGAGGACUUAUUUUUAUACUUCCACUUUUAGCUUCCUGUAUUCGCAUACUGUUUUAAUGUUAAGUCUUACUUAUGCUUCCAUUUAGAAGAAGUUUAAUUUCCUUAUGGUUCACAGGGUCACAUGUCAGGAAAGAUGAAAAUAGAUGAGAACUUGGACCCAAAUAAAUUUAGCUGAAGUCCCAAUCUUCUCCAUUUAAUCCUAAAACUCUCUUGGCUCUAUCCUACUUAUCUAAGUAAUAGAGGUCCUGGACAAGAGUUUGGGUAGCAGCCAGGAGAAGCACUAGGCUUUCAUGAGCCUUAGGACUAACUCAACCAAGUGGAAUCACUGGAAAUAAACAGACAGAUGUCAUUGUGGCUGCUUUACUAAGAGUGGCCUAAUCCAGGGAAGGUAAACUGCUUUCAAGAGGCUGGCUCCGAGCUGUGCACCAGUGCUCAAGCAUGUCCUUUCACAGUUUAACACAAGCUGCAUGUGUUCUGCCAGUCAGAUGUACUGAAAGGACAUUCUGGAAGUGCAAAAGAGGACUAAAGUGAAGGUUUCCUGUUGCUGGUCCAAACCAAAAGAAAUUGCAGUACACUACUGAAGCUGUCUUGGGGACCUGGUAGCCUUGAGCUCAGAGGGGGAUGGAAUGUAAGUGAACAAACAUGUCUGCCCUUUUAAAAAGCUCUUUAAGAGCUGAAUUUGAUUACAGGUCUGUGCUGCUGUUUGAUUUGUGCUUUGCAGUGGUGAGUUCUGCAGAAUGCCUCCAUCUCUUCUUCCUCUGUGGUUCUUAACUUGUAAGAAGUAGGGGAGAAUAAAACAAUUGGGCAUCAUGAUUUUUUUUGAAUUUCAUAAUGAUUAGGAAAGGAUAUCACAAAGAUGAAUCAGCUGGGUUUUUGUUUUGGUUUGGGCUUUUCUUUCAGAAGAACUGUUAGUCACAGCAGGGGAACAUGUCUUUUGUGUUUUCAGGAGAUAACUCUGUCUAGGUCCCUGGUUUCUUCAAGUAUAUGAAAUAAAGAUUAUUGAUUGCAAAA